AUGGCAUUCCACGACGAGGCGCCGCUGCUGCUCAGGAUCAACACCGCCAGAGGCGGCCACAUGGUAGGCGGAGGCGAGUGCGACGAGGCCGAGAACCAGCGGUGGCCGCCGUGGCUCAAGCCGCUGCUGGCGACCAGCUUCUUCGGGCAAUGCAAGAUGCACGCGGACGCCCACAAGUGCGAGUGCAACAUGUACUGCCUCGACUGCAUCAACGGCGCCCUCUGCUCCCAGUGCCUCGCCUACCACCACGGCCACCACGCCAUCCAGAUAAGGAGGUCCUCCUACCACGACGUGAUCCGCGUGUCGGAGAUCCAGAAGGUGCUGGACAUAACCGGCGUGCAGACCUACAUCAUCAACAGCGCGCGCGUCGUGUUCCUCAACGAGCGCCCGCAGCCCAGGCCCGGCAAGGGCGUCACCAACACCUGCGACGUCUGCGAGCGCAGCCUCCUCGACACCUUCCGCUUCUGCUCCCUCGGAUGCAAGAUCGUUGGGACCUCCGGCGAGUUCCGCGGCCGGAAGAGGCACGCCGGCGGCAAGAAGAUGAAGCUGAAGCUGAAGAAGGCGGCGGCGUCGGACUCGGACGACUCGUCCACCAUCACCAGCGGCGGGAGCGACAAGAGCAGCGUGGUGCAGAGCUUCUCCCCGUCCACCCCGCCGGCCACCGCCAACAGCUACCGCUCCUCCAAGCGGCGCAAGGGCAUCCCGCACCGGUCGCCCUUCGGCAACCUCAUUGUGGAGUUCUGA